GUUCUAGUUUUCUAAUCAAACGCGGAGAACGACAUUUAAAAGGACAUUUGCCAACGAGUUGGAUAUAGAAUUUGUAAAAUUUUUCCAUAGAAUUUCAAAAGAUUUAUGGAUAAAAAGUUGUUUCAAAUGGUUAUCAAACUCGAAGCUAAUUAGAACAAAAAACCAGCAUGGAAUCAUCCAAAAACCCAUCGGAGGAUGGUGGAAGCAGCUCAAAAUUGGGAUACCAAAAGACACGCCGUAGGUCGCGUAGUAUGACUCCAUUGUACAAAGCCAGUUCAGACAGUGGAAGUAGUUCAUUUGAUUUAAAUGGGAAUUUGUCAGAAGAAAUUGGAACUGAUUUUCGAGGUUCAAGUCACCAGCUUCAGAUUUCAAAUAGGGUUGAUCAAAAUUGUUUUCGGAAGACCACAGCCGAAAUGAUUAGUGAGACACGAACCAUGUUACUUGGAACCAGUAAUAGUGGUGUUCGCUUAGUCAGUACUCGUCGACCUAUAACGCCCAGGGAUCCCCGUCGACAAUUAUACGGAAAAGCUGCUCCACCCGGACGCCCACCAAGUGCAUUUUGCCUUCGGUAUCUUCAAUCGGAAGUACGCAAUCUACCGGCCUUGGAUCCAAUUUCGAUUUCAUCAAUAGAUAAGGAUUUCAAUAAACCAUGUCGUUCACAAUCUAUGGGUCCCAGAUUUGAUUCAUUUGAUACAAAGCUACAACGGAAGCUUCCUGCGCUUCCACAAAAAGUCAGAACCCCUCCCAAACAAGAAGGUCUAACACGCAACCCAACUACUAUUAAAUCAACCACUAGGAAUUCUCGAAAUCACCUAGAUUCGACAACUAGCUCAAAGGAUACUGAUGAAUCCCCAUGCUUACUGCCCAGUCAAGAUGAAAAUGAAAAUACAUUACCGAAUAUUGGAAUAAAUAUCCUCUCUUCGCGAAAACUUUUUACAAGAAACUAUGAUUUAUUAGCACAAACAUCAACAGAAACUCUUACGGAUAUGUUAAAGCAGCACUCUGGAUUAAAGGAGGUCACCGAUGAAACUGUGCAGCACAUUAAUGCCAUUUUAUUGGAGUUGUACAAUCGCAUUAGGUGUACAGAGGGUUGUUGGCGCACUGCAGUUCUUGGAGGUUUAUAUGGUCUGGUCGAAUGUACAUCAGCAAAAAUUUUACUUGCUGUAGCAAGGGUUGUUCUUGGGCUUCGAGUAACUGGAAGCAAUCUCACUGGAGCUUGCAAGUUGGUAUUUAAAGUGGCUCGAAAUGAAGCCAAUGAUUAUUUAUUUCACGAAACCGACGUGCCUGAGCUACUAACUGAUGGACUUGGACGUGCGAGCCCAUUAGAUGAACCAGAAGCUUGCAUUUAUGGUUACGGCGCAAUGCGGUUCUUAACAAGCGAGAACCAACGACACAGAGACACAGAUGCUAUGGAUUAUAGCAGGAAUGAUAAAUUUUGGGAGUCACCCUGUGAAUUGCCACCCAAACCAUCAACAGCACCUGAACGAGACACCAAAACGAUUAGUUAUCAAUUUCGCAAUAAGCGUCAGAGCUCUCUCAAACAAAUUUCUAUCGCACAAAGGCUUUCGAAGCAUGGGGCUGUACAACUAAUGGUUUUGCAUCUCCAGAUAAUAAAUGAGGCUGGAGCGGUACAAAAACUUACUGGACCACCUUUACAUGCACUCUAUCAAUUAUCUGCAGCACUUAGAGCCUUAGCUGGAGCCCAACAAGCUUCAAAAACGGAAUUUGAUAAUUUAAGGGCUCAGUCUGCCCAUGAUAGAGCGUCAGUAGAUAAAAUGACUAAAUACUUUGGAGAGACAACUCCAGAAGUUGACUUGAUUCAUCUGGAACUAGCAUGUCCACAUCUUAUAAAAGCUGCAGAAAUUUCAAUAGGAGAGUUAGAAAUUCAGGCUAACAUUGUAAGGACUCUUAGUGUCCUUUCGGAGGACAUCAGGUGCUGUGAGGCUCUUUCUGAAUUUACCGGGAAAAUUGGCAUGCUUUUGGGACCAAGUCGACAAAUCACUAAUGAUUUGCCCGAAAAGCUUUUAUCUGUACUAAGUAGAUUGGGAUACAUUCUCGGGAAUAUCUUAGCCCGUUUUGAUAGUGCAAGAAUGCAGUUUUAUCUUAACGAUGUGGCAAUGGAAUAUCUGUUUGAUGCUCUGGACUUUUACUCUAAGCAGAAAUUUACUUUACAAAGCCAAAUGAGUGACACUGUUGUGGAUGUUCUAGUCAAGUUGAUUCGCGUCAUUGCAAACAUGGGAGUCAAUUGUGAAGUAGGAAUUGGGCUAGGAAGAAAACCUGGUCUGGGUGAAAUAUUGCUACGUGUUAUGAGGAGAGUGAAUCAAAUCAGAGGCACAAAUAUGAAUUCUGAUAUUCAAGAGCUUCUUAAUGCUACACUAGGAGCUCUUCACAACCUGUGCUUUUAUCAGGACCAAUCAUCUGAUUCGUACAGUUCGAAUGACGAAAAUUCUGAAGGAAGUAUUUACAAUGUGCUUAGCGAAGUAGGACCUCUAUUAUGCCAGAAUCUACGGAAUGGUCAAGAUUCAGUGCGAAUAGAAGCAAUACGUGUAUUAGGAAAUCUAAGCCGCAAUCAAAUAGCUCGAGUAGCAUUUUGUCAAGCUGGUGGCCUUAGGACAACUGUUCAAUGCUUAGGUUCUCCAGAUUAUAACCUAAGGACAAGUGGCAUCGGAGUGUUGGUUAAUUUGUUAGGAGAUUGGGAAAACCGUACACCGUUUAUAGAGCUACAAGGGCAACUGAUUCUAAUGGAAAUGCUCAAAACAUUUCUUAGUCAAGAGGACUGGAUGAUCGCUGGUAUUAUAUGUCAAGCUUUUUGGAACCUUCUUAUAGACACACAUAAUGUGAUCAACGUACUAGGUGAAGAACAAACCGAUGAGUUGUCAGAUAUUUUGGCUGAAUAUUUAGAUGAGCACAGGUUUUUUAAGGAUACCAGUCCGGAUGCUAUGUGGGAACAGUUUGCAUUGGUUGCAACUGACUUAUUAGAAAGGAUUCAGUCAAAGAUCGAUUCACAAUUCCAAUCAUUUGAAUUUGAUAGCGGGACUGAUGAAGACGAUGUUCAUAUUGAAGGCAUAUCUGAUGAUCAUAUUGUUUAAUCAAUACACGAAUAUCACUUUAUGUUGUAAUUGUUAUUAAAUUGUUCGUAGACUUACCUAAUUAGGUUCAUGUUUGUAUGUGCAAAUAUUUAUUAAACGAUUGGAAAUCGGAAA